GGCUCCUCCCCUCUCGGGUCCGCGGCUCUUGGUGCCGCCCUGGAGAACCAGGUCAUCGGCCGGUUCCCGUGAAAACAAAAACAAUCGGCAGCGCGGCCGCGGGCUCCCGAACGCGGCAAGCGGGGGACCGGGGACGCGGGGCCGGGUGGGGUGAGCAACGCGGAGCGUACGCAACGCGCCGGGGGCCGGGCGCCAUGGGGCAGGCGGGCACAGGCUGCGCGGGGCUCCCCCGGCGCCGGGACUAGCUUGCUCGCCGCUUCAGCAGCCCGUGCCGCCCGCCUGGGGGACGAGGAGCAGGACGCGGCCUCGGCCGGGCCCGGGACGAACGGCUGCAGACACCCGGGCGCCGAGGAGCCGAGCGCCGCCGCCGCCUCCGAGAUGGAUCAGUGCGUGACGGUGGAGCGCGAGCUAGAGAAGGUGCUGCACAAGUUCUCGGGCUACGGACAGCUCUGCGAGCGCGGCCUGGAGGAGCUCAUCGACUACACGGGCGGCCUCAAGCACGAGAUCCUGCAGAGCCACGGCCAAGAUACUGAAUUAUCAGGGACGCUUUCACUUGUUUUGACCCAGUGCUGUAAGAGAAUAAAGGAUACUGUUCAGAAAUUGGCCUCCGACCACAAAGACAUCCACAGCAGCGUUUCUCGGGUUGGAAAAGCCAUUGAUAAGAAUUUCGAUUCUGACAUCAGCAGCGUGGGAAUAGAUGGCUGCUGGCAGGCAGACAGCCAGAGGCUUCUGAAUGAGGUGAUGGUGGAACACUUCUUUCGACAAGGAAUGCUGGACGUGGCUGAGGAACUCUGCCAGGGAAAAUGGGCAGUAUCAAACCGAGAAAUGCUUAUAGCCCAAAACAGCUCCUUGGAAUUUAAGCUACACAGACUGUAUUUUAUUAGCCUGUUAAUGGGUGGAACUACAAAUCAGCGAGAAGCAUUGCAAUAUGCUAAAAAUUUUCAACCAUUUGCCCUAAAUCAUCAAAAAGGUGAGUCUGGAGUCAGAUAUUUUAAUGUUCUGAAUAGGCAUAUUGAAGUGGACCUUGGUAAAAAGUGCUGGUAUCACUCUAUAUUUGCCUGUCCCAUUCUUCGUCAGCAAACAACAGAUAACAAUCCUCCCAUGAAAUUGGUCUGUGGUCAUAUUAUAUCAAGAGAUGCUCUGAAUAAAAUGUUUAAUGGUAGCAAAUUAAAAUGUCCAUAUUGUCCAAUGGAACAAAGUCCAGGAGAUGCCAAACAGAUAUUUUUCUGAAGAAAUGAUUUUAGUUUGCAGUUUGUAAGUGAAACUGAAUUGUGGGUGCAUUUCAGAAGAGAACGUUCCAUUUAAUGCAGCUAACCAAGGACUCCUGUGUUUAUAUAAGCUAACGCUCCAGAACCUUGGCGAACAUUUUAGUGCACACACACCGAGGGAGUGCUCCAGAUGAAUAUUAUCAUAGGGCUUUAUUAUAUUCUUGGUCUUCAUUUCUGAUCAAGGAAAUAAAAUACACCAGCAGUUGUCAUUCAAUGCAGGUUUUUGUACUUAAUUAUAUGGUGAUUUUUUUUUUAAGAGCAGAAACGGAAAAUGACCUGUUUGCCUGCCAUGUGUUUAGUAGUUCUCCUGCUUUUACUUUUGUCAUUUACUUGAUAAUUGUAAGCUUUGAGAAUGUUUGUGAAAAAGUUUUGUUUCCUGUUAUAUAUACACUUAAUUGAAAAUUCUUCAGAAAAAGUUUGAAAAACUGAAUUGUGCUUAUAAAACUAAUUUGCAUUUUGUUUUUUGCUUAAGGAAGAAAGCUGUGAUAGAGUCCAAAUUAGCUUUUUUGAUGUUUUUCUCUGCUCCAGCUCUCACUGAGAAGUCAGCAGACCUGCAUUUGAGCUCUACUGGUAGCCUGGCUGCCUCUUUAAAAUUCCGUCAUGAAUUUAGCAGGUUGGUGUGAGAAGUCUUCCGCCAGAACAGAGUAGAAGGAGUACUAUUGUUUCUUUGCUUUUAUUGCCAAGAGGUGCUUGUUUUAAAGGUGUGUUCAAUAAAAUGAAAUUCUGAAGUUAGAAGUGUUCAUAAAUUGAUAUUUGCUCUCUUGGUCUUGGUAGCCCUGUUCUCUGAAAUUUGCCUUGAGGAGUUGGCUGACUAUUGCAUUUGUAAUCAUUGCAGACACAGUGGUGUGUGUGUGUGUGUGUGUGUGUGUGUGUGUGUGCAUGCGUGUGUGUAUGCGUGUGUAUACGUAUGCACCAGCAUCAGACAUUGUGCAUCUGGACGGGAAGAAGCAUGUUCUAGUCCUAAAAUGCAGUUACCUGACUCAUUACUUUACAUCCUUACAGUUAGGACCUAGCAAAUUUUCUGUAGUGCAGAGCAGAAUAUGUUUAUUGCUGUUUUUGUAUUUGAAUAGUAUCCUGUUCAAUGCCUCUCCUGCAGCGUGUGUCCUCUCAUUACCAUGAAUCUGCAUCUUACUCUAAUGGAUACACAUAAUGAAUGAUCUUUUGUGAGGUAUCUUCGUUUAAUGCACUAUCCAGAAAUAGCCAUGUGUAAGAGUCUUUCUCUGUAUGAUGAACUACAUGGAAAAGACUUCUGUGGACAUUAUUCUGACUUAAAUCCAUUAAGUUACUUCAUUAUGAGAAGAAUGUUAUAUGGAAAUCACCAAAUAUUUUGCAACUUUAUUUCAUCUCACAUGGAACUGAACAUCACUAUGGGAAGACUUUCAUGAGAAAAUGAAAAAAGAAGAAAACACAGAAUCAAAGAGAACCAUGACUCUUCACAUUUUAAACUACAAAUUGACUUAAUUUGGGGGGACAGGGAGAGAACAGAUUUGGUGCUAAUUGGAAAGUGGCAGCAUUUGCAGUAGUAUGCCAGACUGGAUGGCUUAUCCUCAAAUGCCUACCUGAGAGAGCUGGGUUUGUUUCUAAGGUAGAGCGGGACUGCAGAGAGCCCUGCUUGACUCAUGUGUGAUCAGGCUUAUGUUGAGGGCUACUGUGUGCUGUGUGGGUUAGCCAGGAAUCAUGAUUAGCUUGCUCAGAGUGCUCGCCUUGUCCCACCUCAGUCACCCUCACAGCGACUUUGGCCCCGUGUUUCUGCUUUCCUGUUGAAACCCUCUCUAAGGCUCCCCCUCUCUCCACUAAAGCAGUGAAGGAAGAAAGCAGAGAGAAGCUCCUUGGACUCCAAAAGAGAAGGUAGAGAAUUCAAGACAGUACUCUCUCUGGUCAAGGAUGUAUAACUGCUUUAUUAUAUAUAGUUUUCCUUUGAAUUAAAACCUAGAGUCUUUUUUUUUUUUAACCUUUUUCUUACUAGGCCAGAUUUAGCUUUAUUUACAACUUAUUAUCACCUUUUCACCUCAAACACCUACACAGCAUUUAGGCUCCCCACAAGGUUUGAACAACAUAGACAUCACUCUCUUGGCUGGUGGUAAAUAUUUUUGGUGGCCAGCAACUCACAUCGCUGUCUCAGGCCACGUUCAAGGAUAAAAGCCAGAGCUCCACUUUGUCCCUCUCCCAGUGCUGGGAAUCCUGUUGACAGUGUAGCUCAUGAAACUUUAAAAGGAACUUACUUUAACUGAAGCAUUUGAUUUUACAGUUUCCUGUGCAAGGUCCUUGUAGUACUGCUGGGCAGGGUUAGGGCCACACAUUUAAAACUCUUGACCUGAUCAUUUAUUUAAUGUGAAAAUUAUGUGUUGUGACCUUUAACUAAAUGCAUGGACUUAAAAUUCAUUGGUGACUAAAUGUGAAGCAGAGGUGGAUUGGUGGAUUUGAAGAGGCCAGAUCUUAACCAAAGAUGCUGAAAUACGACAUGUUGUCCUUCCCACUCUAGAAACACCUUCAUUAAUGGUGUCAGGACCACGCCAUCCCUGCGGCUGUGGAUGUCAGCAAUGUGGGGGGAUGUUCUUCAUGCUCUGCCCAGAGCCAGGUUUUUUACUGUCAGACUAAUUAUAAUAAUGGACAUUGAAAACAGAAUUUCAGAGGGGUCUCUUAAACUUGUUUAGGAACCAUUUCCAUUAGUCAACUGUGGACUGUGCUAAACCAGUAAAACCUUACUAGGUUCUUCGGUUCUGAUUUAGCCAGAGCAUCUGUGCUGUCAAGUACAGUCUGAAGUACAGUGGCUAAGGUUUGUCUUUUCAACUUUUCCUCUGUGUGAUCAUCCGAGAUGCCAUUUCUGUUGUUUUAGUGGUGAUUAUAUGAGAUUCGAAUGCAUAGAUGAACGGGUAUUGGUGACUCUUGAUUUUAAAUUUUUUGCAAAAAGGAGCCACCUCACAUUCAUAGCGUUUGUCAGUAUUUUGUGAGUGUACAAGCAUUUAAUUGAAAAUAAGAAAGUUACAAAGUAAAUCUUCUGUUUUGAUUUUUCUGUAGCAGCUGAUGUAUAGACACUAAAACCCACACCACAUUAUGUGGGGAAUGAGGAUCCUUUUUUCUCCCUAGUUGGUGCCACAGGUUAUGCAGUUUACGUUCAGUCUCCUUUAUGCAGUGAGUAAUUUCCACCUUAGUGAUGUCAGCCUUUGGGAUAGUAGGUACUGCAAAAGCCACGAACUCGGUCAUCCGCACAAGACAAGCUGCUGAUAGACAUUAGCCCCCUGGUUUCCAGCCCAACCUCUGAUUAAGUGGACUGCCAGUCAGGCUGGUCAGUCCUCUUAGUCAGAAGACUCAGGUUAUUUUCAGGGAAGGAGUGGAGGCAUGGUUGCUUAGUUUCAUCACUAGGAUGUGUAGGUGAAGACACAAACCAAAUACCUUUCAUUACUUAACUCUAUGAACAUUAUCUUUGGUAACACUAGAAUGCUGUGGUCUUGAGGGAAUGUUAGCAAGAAACACCCUUGGUCCUUCAGUAGCCCGUCCAGCUGUGCCGGGCUUUCUGUGUACAAUAGUGUUUGCCAUACGCAGGUACAAACUUUAUGGACUGUUUAUUGAACUAUAAUUGAAUAGAUAACCAAAAAUCGAAUGACAAAUGUAUUUUAAUAGCAGAUGAGGCAACUAGUUUUAGGACAAGUUUGCCACGGUUGAUUUUACUUCAAGACAUAGGGAGAGAAAACAGUUUGUUUUCAAGACAUUUCCCUCUACAGUUUUUAACUGUAGUAAGCAUAUGGCUUCAUUUACUUCCAAAGAGGCAAAAGAAGCAGGCAUCGACUUGUAGCACAUGCUUUGUUUCAUGUGAUGGGUGAGGACCUCCACUCUUAUUUUAGCAGUCACUUAACAUUCUCCAACAAAGCAGAUGUGAGGUUCACUAGGAUUUAGUGCCUGAUCUUUUCUUUGGGGAGGGGGUAGGAGUGAAUGUAUUGGGGAUGGGAGGGAAGUGGGAGAAAAACAUGGGAGUGUGAGUGAGCGUGCAUGUCUCUGAAAUUCACCGUCAUCCCCACCUGUGUCUAGCCAGGAACAGGUAUUUAAUGUAUUUUGCUAAUGACUGCAGUGUGCAUGUUUUUUUUUUUCUCCUCCUCUGUGUUCUCUAGACUUACACUAAAAGGAUUCAUCAAAUCAUCUUGUUCAGAUGGCUCAGGAUUGUAUUUCUUUUGCUUACCCUGUGCUCUUGGGUUCUAUAGUAUUUCUAUAAUUAUGUAACAAGAAUAGUGUUGCACUGUAAUCUAUUAUAUAGAGCUAUAUGUAUGGAAAAUUUUGAUCAGUUUUUUAAGAAAUGUAUCCUGUUUGCAAAGGCACAAUAAAGUUGCGUAUUAUAGACUAUAGGCAAUAAAGCCAACAAUAAACCUUAUUUAACACACACCAUA